UACGUCAUUUAAAUUGCCAAAUAUCAAAUAGUUUAUUCUAUUUCACUUUCUAGGGAAAAAACCAACUGCUCCAAAAGAAUGUGUUUUUCUCCCAUGCUGGAAAUCAACAUGCAGUCUGAAUCUAACAUUACAGUGCGAGAUGACAUUGAUGACAUCAACACCAAUAUGUACCAACCACUAUCAUAUCCAUUAAGCUUUCAAGUGUCUCUCACCGGAUUUCUUAUGUUAGAAAUUGUGUUGGGACUCGGCAGCAACCUCACCGUACUGGUACUUUACUGCAUGAAAUCCAACUUAAUCAACUCUGUCAGUAACAUUAUUACAAUGAAUCUUCAUGUACUUGAUGUAAUAAUUUGUGUGGGAUGUAUUCCUCUAACUAUAGUUAUCCUUCUGCUUUCACUGGAGAGUAACACUGCUCUCAUCUGCUGUUUCCAUGAGGCUUGUGUAUCUUUUGCAAGUGUCUCAACAGCAAUCAACGUUUUUGCCAUCACUUUGGACAGAUAUGACAUCUCUGUAAAACCUGCAAACCGAAUUCUGACAAUGGGCAGAGCUGUAAUGUUAAUGACAUCCAUUUGGAUUUUUUCAUUUUUCUCUUUCCUGAUUCCCUUUAUUGAGGUAAAUUUUUUCAGUCUUCAAAGUGGAAAUACAUGGGAAAACAGGACACUUUUAUGUGUCAGUACAAAUGAAUACUACACUGAACUGGGAAUGUAUUAUCACCUGCUAGUACAGAUCCCAAUAUUCUUUUUCACUGUUAUAGUAAUGUUAAUCACAUAUACCAAAAUACUUCAGGCUCUCAAUAUCCGAAUAGGCACAAGAUUUUCAACAGGGCAGAAGAAAAAAACAAGAAAGAAAAAGACAAUUUCUUUAACCACACAACAUGAGACUACAGACAUGUCACAAAGCAGUGGUGGGAGAAAUGUAGUCUUCGGUGUAAGAACUUCAGUUUCUGUAAUAAUUGCCCUCCGGCGAGCUGUGAAACGACACCGUGAACGACGAGAAAGACAAAAGAGAGUCUUCAAAAUGUCUUUAUUGAUUAUUUCUACAUUUCUUCUCUGCUGGACACCAAUUUCUGUUUUAAAUACCACCAUUUUAUGUUUAGGCCCAAGUGACCUUUUAGUAAAAUUAAGAUUGUGUUUUCUAGUCAUGGCUUAUGGAACAACUAUAUUUCACCCUCUCUUAUAUGCAUUCACUAGACAAAAGUUUCAAAAGGUCUUGAAAAGUAAAAUGAAAAAGCGAGUUGUUUCCAUAGUGGAAGCUGAUCCCAUGCCUAAUAAUGCUGUAAUACACAACUCUUGGAUAGAUCCUAAAAGAAACAAAAAAAUUACCUUUGAAGAUAGUGAAAUAAGAGAGAAAUGUUUGGUACCACAAGUUGUCACAGACUAGGGAAAAGUUUAAGUUUCACCAAAUCCACAUUCAGAUGAGUUUUAAAUUUAACUUGUAAAGAAAUGAAAUUACUGCCAAAUAUAAGAAAAAAAAUUUAAGUAUUGGUUAUGUUGUAAAUUUUCAAUGUGAAUGUCAACUAGAUUAGGUCAUAUAUAUUCAAUUUCUUCAUUACUUAAUGUAUUUGUUGCAUGGCAGUUUGUUAAAGUAAUAUCAUGUGUAUAUUUUGUCAAUAUUAUGUCCAUCAGAAGAUAUUCAUGUAAGUCAUAUUUUCUAAAGAAUAAAUACAUAGCCUU